AUGUUCAGAUUGGUAGAAAAAUUUUGGUUAGUGGAAAAUAUUGGUGAAGAAAUGCCAAUUCUUAGCCAAGAAGAAGAAUUCUGCGAACAACAUUUCAAAGUCACUUACAGAGGAAAUGAAGAUGGCAGAUUUAUCGUAAAAAUGCCUAUGAAAGAGGAACAAUUAGGAAAUUCAAAGCACUUAGCCAACAUUAGACUCAAUCAAUUAGUUAAACGUCUUAGCAAAAACGCUACAUUGCAACAUUUAUAUCAAGAUUUCAUAACAGAGUAUGAAAAUUUGGACCAUAUGGAAAGGGUCGAUGAUAAUUCAAAACCGGAACUUGAAUAUUACCUUCCCCAUCAUGGAUGCCCAAGCUCAAAUGGAUUAAGUUUGAAUGAUGUACUUUUAGCGGGAGCAGUCCAAGAAGAUACUUUUGAUAUUCUUGUGAGAUUUAGAAAACAUCAAGUUGCAGUUAUUGCGGAUAUACAAAAAAUGUACCGGCAAAUUUUAGUUGAUGAAUCCAAAAGAGACUUACUUCGAAUCUUAUGGAAGAGAAGCAACCUUAGCGACUCACCUGUGACAUAUAGACUCAAAACGGUGACUUAUGGUACUAAAAGUGCUUCAUUUUUAGCCAUUAGAUGCAUAAAGCAAGUUGCAUAUGACGAAAUGCAUAAAUAUCCUGAAGCUGCCAAAGCUGUCUUGUUUCUGUCCAAUCUGAAAUGUCCAGUGAAGAAAACAGGCCCCAUUAGUAGUACACGGAAUAUUCAAGAUGCGGAAAUGCACUUGAUAAAAAUGGUUCAGGAAGCUCACAAAGAGUUAAAGAAACUUUCUUCAUUAGUUACUGUCCCUGAUGAAGUUUGGG